AUGACCGGGACAUUUUCGCCGGAGAAAUGCUCCACGUGGCUAGACUUGAACAGAGAAGAGAAGAACAAUGAAGAAGAGUCGUCAAUUGAAGACGAAGACCAACAAGUCACGAGUAGUAAUAACGUGAGACAAUAUGUUCGAUCCAACAUGCCUCGGCUUCGAUGGACGCAUGAUCUUCAUCUAUCUUUUGUCCGUGCAGUCCAACGACUAGGCGGUCCAGACAGAGCGACACCGAAAUUAGUUCUUCAGAUGAUGAAUUUGAAAGGAUUGAGUAUUGCACAUGUCAAGAGUCACUUACAGAUGUAUCGGAGUAAGAAGCUUGAGCCAUCAUCUCGCCAUGAGAUUGGAGCGAUGAUGGGUGGACACAGCAGGUAUUUGCUGGAUCACAUGAUCCGUAUCCCUUAUGGUGAUUUAAGACACGUCUACAACUCUAAAACCGUUCCUUCGAGGGUACUAAACCAUGAUGCGGUCUUUACAAAUCUUGGAGGUAACUUUGUAAUGCGACCUACGAGCUGGUUUAGCGGGUUAAGCAGAAAUGAAUGGAAUAACCGAGACAGCAAAGAGAGUAAGACUCUUCCUCUGCUAGAGAUUAGGAGGACGACCAAUGAGAAAAGAGUCCGAGAUGAGCAGGGGAUAGAAGUAUCAUCAGUCAAACGAAUGAGAUUAAUGUCCGGAGGUGGAAAUUGCAAGCAAAAACCAACAGAUGAAAUCAACACGAUGCUCUCGCUUUCUCUGUUCUCGACAUCAUCGGGAGAGCCUCACAUAGCAUCUGACACAAUAGAGACAUGA